AUGGCAGCCGAAAACAAAGACGAUGCCUCGCGUGAGAAGGAAACCAGUCCUCAAACAGCUCCUGCUGGGGUUGUUGAUGCGACCCUAGAAGACGAAAAGUCUAAAAAGCAAAAGCACCUGGACAUUGGGGGCUUCUUUGUCUACUUUCGAUUGCUCUUUGCGGCUCAACCGACCGUCGUCGACUACGCCUUGAUCGUCGUAGGAACAAUAUGCGCCGCCGGUGCCGGUGUUCCUUUCCCUCUGAUGGGCGUCUUGUUUGGUCAGCUCGUCGACAACUUCAACAGCGCCACAUGUGCCGCGCAAGACGGCCCCGGACAAGACCCCUUUCGCUACGAAUCGGCCAUCAACGACAAGGUCAUCAAGACGGCCUGGAUCGGCGCCAUUGCGCUGGUACUCAUCUACUGCCACCUCACCUGCUGGGGCGUCAUCAGUCAGCGCCUCGCCCGCCGCAUGCGCAACCACUACGUCGCGUCUCUUCUGCGCCAGCCGCCGUCCUUUUUCGACACGCGCGGCUCUGCGGGCGAGGUGUCGAGUCGAUUGCAGAGCGACAUUGCCGCUAUCCAGUCGGGCACGUCGGAAAAGGUUGGGACAAUCAUCAUGACCUUUAGCUUCAUCAUUACCGUUUUCGUCAUUGCCUUUUCCACACAGCCAAGCCUGGCUGGCAUCUUGAUUUCUGUGAUGCCCGCCUUUCUCAUCUCUGGCUACCUCAGCAGCAAGUACAUUGCAAAGUUCAUGGGCCUGCAGAACGAGGGUACCUCCAACGCCUCGUCAAUUGCUUCCGAGGCCUUGUCGCACAUACCCGUCGUUCACGCCUUUGGCGCUGCCGCCCGCCUCGAAAAGAUGUUUACCGACUUCAUGACGGAGGCCCGUGGCAACGCCAUAAAAAAAGCCGCCGUAGCCUCUAUUCAAACUGGCAUGCUAUACUUUAUCGCGUACUCUGCCAACGCACUGGCAUUCUGGCAGGGCAGUAACCGCAUUGCAGCCGCUUUUGCCAACAAUACUGGAGGCUCGUCUAUUGGACAGAUUUAUGCCAUUGUUUACCUUCUCAUUGACGCAUGCGUGAUGCUUGGUGGGUUGGCGCCUCUGGUACCUUUCUUGGGUAGUGCUGUUGCGGCUUACAAGCGUCUGAUGGAGGACAUUGCCACUCCAUCAUCCAUCGAUGGUACUUCAGAGUCUGGAGUUCACCUACCCGUCGAAGCCGACAAGACCAUCGCUUUUCGAAAUGUCACUUUUGAGUAUCCUACGCGCCCCGGCCAGCCAGCUCUUCGAGACGUCAAUCUUGAGUUCCCCGCCGGAAAGCAUACAGCCCUCGUCGGCCUAUCAGGUAGUGGAAAAUCGACAGUCGCGUCCCUCAUAGCGCGCCUACAUGACCCGACUGCCGGAAAGAUUGAAAUGUGCGGUCAGGAUCUUUGCAAACUCAAUGUGAGGUCUCUUCGAAGCACCAUGACAUUUGUUCAGCAGCAACCUUCUCUCUUUGGCUGCUCUAUUCUGGAGAACAUUGCCCUCGGAUUGGUCAACUCCCCUCGCCCCGAACAUCAGGACCUGAAAGAUGUUAUUGGAGGACCCAUUCUUGCCGAGGCGGCUACCAAAGGCCAAGAUGCCAUGUCGUGGGCAUCUUCGCAGGGCCCGGCUGUUGCUCGUAUCGUUGAGCUUGUGCGAGAAGCCGCUGAGAAGGCUGACGCCUCGAUAUUCAUCGAAAAGCUGGCCUCUGGGUACGGAACAUCUGUUGGUCCCUCCGGUACCUUUGUGAGUGGUGGCCAGCGUCAGCGAAUUGCCCUCGCGCAAGCCCUCAUCCGAGAUCCCGAGAUCCUGAUCCUAGAUGAAGCCACUGCCAGCGUUGACUCGUCGAGUGAGCGUAAAAUCCAGGCCGCCAUUGAACGCGAGGCAAGUUCUGGCAAGCGAACAAUCAUCUCCAUCGCACAUCGCCUUUCCACAAUUCGUGGCGCCGAUAACAUUGUCGUCAUGGAAGCUGGCCAGGUUGUCGAGCAGGGCCCAUACGAUCAAUUGAUGGCAAUCGAGGGUGGUAAAUUUGCUCGUCUGGCUCAACUGCAGAAGAUGGGGUCCUCGGGGUCAAACGAUGUUGCUGGCUCUCGAUUCAGUACUUCCGUGGACGAUUUUGACGACAGAGUCAGCAAGACGUCAACCACUAUCGGUGAUGGCGACGAGGCGCCCGCGCCAAAGGCUGAGCAAAAGGAAUCCGGAGCUGAUGAUGACGAGGAUACUUCAGUAAAAGCGCCAUUCAGUAGCGUCAUGCGAGGAAUAAGCUGGCUGAUUCGCCCGUCACUGGGAUGGUUGCUCAUUGCACUUUUGGCGGCUGCUAUCGUCGGUGGCACUUUCUCUGGCUCUGGUCUCAUUUUUGGCUACACUGUCAGUGCUCUCAACCCUUGCCAGAGUACUGUUGAGCGCAUCAAGUCCAAUGGUCGAUUCUUUGGAGGCAUGAUCUUUAUGCUUGGUGGUAUCGAGCUGGUGGCAAACUUUCUCGCCUGGUUGGGAUUCGGAAUUAUUGGGGAGAGAAUCCUCUUUGCACUUCGAAAGCUCUCCUUCCGAUCGCUUCUGGAGCAAAACCUGCAGUGGCAUGUGUCUGAGGGACGAACACCGACACGGCUCUUAUCCAUCAUCACCAAAGAUUGCAUGUCGAUUGGAGGGUUCAGUGGCUCUACAUUCGGCACAGUCUUUGCUGUCUGCGUCAACAUCAUCAUUGCCAUUGUAGUCUCGCACAUCUAUGCCUGGAAAAUUGCUCUCGUGACUCUGGUCACUAUUCCAAUCCUGCUCGGCUGUGGCUUCAUGCAGCUGCGUAUGCUGGCGCGAUUCGAGGAGCGUCACCACGAGGCUUUCUCGACGGCAAAUUCUCUGGCCACUGAAGCUAUCCAGUCGAUCCGCUCGGUUGCGACGCUUUCUUUGGAAAAGACGUACAUGAACUCGUACAAGCGCCUGUUGGAGCCCCCAGCCAAGCAAAUCGUACGAUCGGCAGCAUUGACAAACAUUCUCCUGGCGCUGUCACACUCAAUGUCUGCCUUUGUCAACGGAUUGACGUACUGGUGGGGUUCGCAGCUCAUCAUGAGGGGAGAGUACACGCAGCGAGACCUCCUCAUUGUUCUGGUGGCGAUGCUUACCAGUGCUCAGCUCUGGGGUACAAUGUUCACCCUUGCGCCAGAGUUUUCAAGGGCUCGCUUGGCAAUCUCGCGUGUAAUGUCCAUUGUGAAUAUGGGCUCAAAUUUGGAUCUGUCCGAGUCAAAUGAUUUGGAGUCAUCCGCCGAGGCUAAAGCCCCAAGCCCACUGUCGCAUGAGAAAACGGGCGCGACAGUGACCUUCAAGGAAGUCUCCUUCUCCUAUCCAAGCAAUCCUGAUGUGGCUGUCCUCGAUCAAGUGUCUUUCAUGAUUAAGCCAAAGCAGUUUGUUGGCCUGGUAGGACCUUCAGGAGCUGGCAAGAGUACCAUUAUGAACCUAGUGCAGCGGCUCUAUGCUGCCACUUCUGGCGCAGUUCUGAUCGAUAACAUGGAUAUUUCCACUCUACCAGACUCGUUCCGCGAUGUUAUUGCGCUUGUACCCCAAGAUCCGGCCCUCUUUGAAGGAACUAUCCGCCACAACGUCGCGUUGGGAGCAGUACCGGGUCAUGAUGCAAGCGAUGCAGAGAUUGAAGAAGCUUGUCGCACAGCCAACAUUCACGAAGAAAUCAUGGCCCUUCCAGACGGUUACAACACAGCCUGUGGUCCUUCCGCAUCUCGCCUUUCGGGCGGCCAAAGGCAGCGUGUUGCCAUUGCACGCGCCCUCGUCAGGCGCCCGCGACUCUUGUUGCUGGACGAAAGCACCAGUGCCCUCGAUGCAGCUGGAGAAGCCGCGCUUCAGAAGGGUCUUGAAAGAGCAACGCAGGGAACGACGGUUCUUGCAAUUACGCACCGACUUCACACUGUGCACAAGGCAGAUAUGAUUUUCGUUGUCGAGGGUGGUAAGAUUGUUGAUCGCGGUCGGCAUUCGGAGUUGAUAGAAAGGAAUGAAAGCUACCGGCUCAACGCUAUGCAGCAGAUGUUGCAGUAG